AUUGGUUAAUAAGUUAAGUGAUAGCCAAUCAUAAGGUAUGACAUGAAAAUAUAUAUUGUCAUCGACAAGAAAAUGUCAGAACAAUUAUCUGAAAACUAGGACGGUGAAACUCGUCAUAGCUUGAACAUUCGGAAAAGAAAUGGACCAAAGAAAACAAAAGAAGCGAUACAGUGCGCGUAAAAAGAGGAUUCAGCUUGACGGACAUCCUACCAGUCUUUCUAAAAGUUCUUCAUUGCCUUCUAGCUCUACUUCUAGUAGAGAUAUUCCUCAUGGCCUGGCCUCGAGCAGUUCAGCAGACAAUUCAGUGCCAAGUAACUCUAAAAAAUCAUCCAGAAGUGUGACAGCAAUGCCAUCCCUGCCCAUCGACUCUGCUAAUAACAAUGUCGGCGCUGGAAGCAGUGAAGUCUCUGGAAAGUCCAACGCAAGAUCAAGCCCGGUAGGAAGUAACAGCUCUGCUUCAUCCCCUGCAAGGUCAGGGACAUCAUCACCAGAGCCCAACUGUGCCAUAUGUCUGGGAAAAUUGGAAAACAAGUCUUUCACCGAUAGCUGCUUUCAUAUGUUUUGCUUUGUGUGCCUCAUGGAGUGGUCGAAAGUAAAGGCGGAGUGUCCACUCUGCAAACAGACAUUCAAGAGUAUCGUUCAUAAUGUUCGCUCCUAUGAGGAUUAUGACCAGUACCAUUUACCUCAGCCAGAAGAUCGACGUCUCAAUAACCCUUUGGAAAAUCUGUUUCUUCCGUCAGGGGUUCGAUUCAGAUACAGGACAACUGUUACUGAUCACCGUUAUGCUCACCUAGUAAACAACAUCAAUAAUGAGAUUGAAAGCCGCUUACUACAACGACCGUCGUCUCAUCUACCGAUUCCAAACUGGCGACGGAUUCGUCAGCCAGCAAAUAGCGAAUUCAGGAGGAAUGUUUACACCCAGAGGUUGAAGCUCCGCACAGACCAAGUUAACACCCGCAGACGAGUUCGGGAAACAUCGCCUUCUUUUUAUCGUGAAAAUCCCGCACAGACACACAGACUAGUGCCUUGGUUAAAUCGUGAACUUAACGCUCUUUUGCAUAGCCAUGGCUCGCAGGUGGCCUUUGUGCUUGAAAUGAUAAUUGGUCUGAUCAAAAGGUAUACCAUUGAGAGUGAAGAGUUUUAUCAGCAUUUGUAUCCAUACACGGGUCGUAACACUCGACGAUUCAUGCAAGAGUUUCUGGCCUUUGCAAGAUCUCCAUACCACAUGGCAGCGUAUGACAGACAUGUUGCCUACGAGCAAGGCAAUGAGCCAAACAUUGACUCAGGAUCUGAGUCAGACCACCAAGCCGAUGAUGGCAAUGACAGCGAUGUGGUUGUUGUGUCUCCUCCACCGCCAAGUUCCCCACCGCCAGUGCGGCCAGGACCCAGCUCAAUAAGUCCCAACUAUCUAAGGCACAGCAACUGGAUGUACAAUCCAUACACCCCCAUGGUCAGAUCUAGUGGCCAGGAUGACCUGUCCACUGCUGCUACUGGCCACAGAUCUGAUCUAUUUGCCCCACCAUCAGCGUCUGGCUGGGAUUCCCCUACUGUAAACCCCUCCAGCUCCCCUCCCAUCAGUCCCAGCUACAGCCCAGUGGUACAGGCUCGAUCUCCACGGGUUACCAGCCCGUAUGGACGCGUGUCACCCAACAACCAUGGUCUGUCUUAUCGCCGCACACCACCAGUGGAUAGGUCUUCACGAGACAGCAACACAUUCAACCCAUGGGAUUCUUUUCAAUUCUUUCUCAAUAGAACCUCUUCAUUUUUUGCUGGAGGAGGAAAUUUUGGGUUGACAAACCCCAGCAGUCGAAGCUUGAGUGAGCCUACAGUGUCAUACGGAGGCCGACCAGGCUCCCCGGCACAUAUUCAGUCCAUUGCAGAAGGUCCCUCAACAUCACAGGGGGAUACAGUAUCGGACUCGGACAGCAGCGACGUGGAGAUAAUUGAAGUGGAGAAGCCAUGGACUGAACGUAGUCCCAUCCAGCUCUCAUCGGGACAGGAGAGCGACUUUGAUGUGAUCAUCACAGGAAUGGGACACGUGGAUGAUGACAUGAAAAAGGAGACAGAGAAAAAGAAAAAGAAGAAGCACAAAAGGCGAGACAGUGGACAUGAUUCUGAAAGAAGAAGAGAGAGUGGACAUGAUUCAGAAAGAAGAAAGAGGCAUAGGUCCUCAACGUCAUCAAGAGACCGGCAUUCUAAAAAACGGAAGCAUUCUAGAGAAAAAAGUGGUAAAAGUAGGUCUCCCUCAAGGACACUUAGUACAUCACCAUCAGGAUAUGCUGCAAGAUCACGACCGACCCCACCUUUACAAAUAAGUGUUCGAUCUCCAUAUAGGCAAAGGUCAAGGUCUAGAUCAAAAACUCCUCUGAGAAUACAGAUCAAAUCUCCUUAUAGGUCAAGGUCUAGAUCUAAAUCUCCGCUGAGAAUACGGAUUCAAACUUCGGGGUAUCAGCAUAAAAAGUUUGCAUACAAAGGUAACGAGAAAAAUCAGUCACCAUACCUCAAGGACCACCGUUCCAGCUUACAGAUGAGACAAUCAGACAACAACCAUGACAGUGACUCGAGCUACUAUUCAAUAACAUCGAGUAAACGCAGGUUGAAAUCUGGCCGUUCUAGUAUUGAAAUCGUUGAGUACAGAAAGACGAGCUCAAAGCACAAGAAGAACAAGAAGCAUAAAGACAAAAGUUCAGAGAAACACAAACAACAUAAGAGAGACAAAUCCAGGGAUUAUUACCAAAGUUCUGAAGGAAGUUCGGUUUCCCGUAGGAACAAGUCAAAAAAGAAAAAAGACCAUAAAGAGAAAUCAAGGCACAAACGAAAACAUCAAUCUCCUGAAAAGGAAAGUCACCGUGCAGAAAAAUCUACUCUCAAGUCAAGCAAAUUACCUCAUUCAGAUACUUUAAAUUACACAAGUGAUUCUGAAUCUGACAGUAUUUUAGAAGGAUGGGCAGAACUGUCGCCAAGUAGACCAGUAAAGGUUCAAGUAAGUGGUCAUCGAGACAGGAUUCAAUCAAAACAAACUGUCAAUGAAAACAUUCUGGAUAGAAGUGGUCCUAGAAUGACUUUUGAAGAGAUCAAUGCUUCUCAAGCAGCAAUUAUUGAUGAGGAGUUAGAAGCCAUAAACAAUGCUCUGCAAAACAGUGAUUACAUUGGUUCACUUUUUAAUCAAAAUGAGAAAGCUCCAGGGAACUCUGCACAGCAAGUAGUGACUUUAAACACAGAUCCAAACAAACUUGUAAAUCCAAAUGAAGUGUUUAAUAUGAAACGCUUCAAAAAACACCCAUAUGGUCAUAAGAACACAGGAAAAAGUAGCGAUCGACAAAGCAGUAGGACAUCAACAAUUCCUUUGCCAGUAAUUGAACUUCUCUCUGAAUCUUCCCAUUCUGACAACAGGAUUGAAAAAAAAGAUGACAAUAUCCAGUCUAGUGAUAUCACGUCAUGCUCUGACAUUGUGGACAGUGAAAAGCAGUUGCCGUCGUUUUCAAGUUUUUCUAAAAGAUCAGAUGAAAGGAUCAAUCGUCUUGUGGCUGAAGAUACAAAACACGAUGACAGCUCAAGUCCAGCAAGAAAAAUUCCUUCAUCUUCGACCUCACAAGCGUUGGAUAGCAGAAAAGAAUGUGAAUCAAAAGGUUAUUUUUCACUUGUUAGGGAGGGAACAGUUGACAAAAUUGGACAAAUACAACAGAACUUAGAAAAUUCUGAUGUUUCUGAUGUGGACGUCAUAGGUGAAUCAGAUAGCAAGCCCUCAGAUAUACCAGCGUAUUUAACAAGUUCUACAAGCUUGCCUUUAGAAAUAGAGGAACCUUCAUUAGAUGUAAGAAAAAGGAAAUCACAGACUAUUCCUGCAUAUUUUACUAGCUCGACAAGUUUGCAUGUUCAUGCAGAGGAUCCUUUUGUAGGUGUAACAAAUAGGACAUCACCAGAUCCCAAUCCCUCAUAUUUUACAAGCUCUGCAAGUUCGCAUGUACAUUCAGAACAACCUUUUGUAGAUGUAACAAAUCGCAAGUCACAAGAUUUUCCUGCUUAUUUUACAAGCUCAACAAGUUUGUCUGUUAAUGGGGAGGAACCUUUUAUAGACAUAGAGCAACUUGGAGAUAAUUUGCAUAAAGUUACUUCUGAUAACAGCAGAAAGACUUUAGUUGAUAUAAAAACACUUAGUAAGAAUGGUCAUAGAGCGAAAUCAUUUUCAAAAUCUGCAGAAUUUUUCACAGAAAACAAUAAGUUCCAUAAAGUUCAUGAUGUUGAUGCUGGUGAACUGUCGGAUGACAUUGUAGAUAUUGAAGGAGAGGAGAUAAGCAGUGAUGAUGAAGUUGAAGUAAGUAAAGUUGAGACUAGAAUAAGUUGUCCCAAAUCUGAUGAUUUAUCUGAACAAGAUUCUGAUGUCGAAUGCUCACUUGUGGAGGGCCACAAAACAUUUGAAGUAUUGGACGAGUCUGACAAAGAAGAUGCGGAUACUGAUCAUGAACACAAUGACCCAGAUAUUGAUGUGCUAAGGUAUUCAGAAGAUGAAGUUACUCUAGAUGUUGAGACUGUAGAUUACUCUCCUUCUAAAACAGAUGUUGAAAAUAAGAAAUAUCUCUCAGAAGCUGAACACGACAAAAACUCUGAAAAUGUGGAUGUAGAGUCAAUGGAGGAGCCAAAUUCUUAUAAGCCAAGCCCAUGUUUUGACAGUCCUUAUCAGCUGGAUUCUUUUGAUUUACUUAGAAAUGCCCCACUUAGAAACGCCCCAAGUGCCCUUCCUCAGGAUAGUGAAUCGGACAAAAGUGAAAAUAUACACUCUGACAGGACCUCUUCUCAUGAAAGCUCCUGUGUGGAGCAAUCAGCUCAACUUGAUUCUUUUCACUUAAAGAGAAAUGAGCCAAGUGACGCCAUUUCCCAAACUUUUGAACCAAGUACCUCUGAAUUAAAUGAACAAGACAAAACUGAUCUCCCAUAUUCUCAGUCAAGCUCACAAUACAAGAGUCCUUAUCAACUGGAUUCGUUUGAUUUACUAAGAAAUGCCCCACGAGGCACACCUUCCCAGAAUGACUCUGAAAUGAAUGAAAAUGACAAGGCACAAAGUGAGAUGGGAAAUUCUUAUGCAAGCCCAUAUUUUGACAGUCCCUAUCAACUUGAUUCGUUUGACUUGUUAAGAAAUGCUCCUAGGAUACCAUCUCCACAGAAUGAUGAUGCGGGGAAUUCUCAAAUGGAUGAAAGGGAGAACUCUGACCAGGGAUACUUUGGUAUGGGGGUCAGUAGGCCACUGGACAAUCCAUAACAAGAUACCAAUAUAUUGUUAUUGUUGAAAAAAAAUGUUUUGAUAAGGAUUUCUUCUCUUUUUUUGUUCAAAGCUUGAAAUAGCAUGUGUCUCAAGAUAAUUAGCUGAUAGAACUGUGUGUUUUGGAUAACAUUCAACUGUUCAGAAAUGGUUAUUUUUCAGCAUGACAUGUGAUUAUAAAAAGGUGUGCUAUGAUUGACUGAGGACAUUAAAUAAUAUUAUUAAAGUUAAACAGUUAUUAUUACGAUCAUUCUUUGAAGCUGUGUAGUCGUACAAUUAAAUUGUGUUGUUCAUUUCUGUAUAACGAUUGUCUUCCUUUUUGAUAGUACAAUAAAACGCUAUGUAAUUAACAUAAUUUUAUUAAAUGGAAAGUUUCACAUUUAAGGAUGGAAAAACAUUCUGAAACCAUCAAAUUUUUAGACAAACAUUAGUCAAUCAAUUAAAAUUUAUUUAAUUAUCUACAGUUUAGGUUGCAAAACCAUUUUUAUGUACUUUAUUACUAGCUUAUGUCUAUUAGGUUGCAAUUUUUUGCUGAACAAUUAGCUAGCAUUCAUUUUAAAUGUGCUUUCCAAGUAUUAAAAAAUAUGAACAAUACAUAAUAUAGAACAGGGAAUUUUUUUUAUAGUAAACAUAGUUUGAUCCAUAAGUUUUUUAACUGCCCCUUGGCCCUUUAUGCAUACCAACAUGUACAUAUUAAACACCAUACAUAGUUGCCUUUUUAAGCAUACAGCCCAUUCCAUGAAGAUGAUGUUAAACACAAUGUGUGUUGAUGCCUAUUUAAGCAUACAGACCAGUACAAUUUAAUGCUAUGUGUGGAUGUAGUUGAGUCUAGAAUAAAUAUCUGCAUUUCAUUACCAAUAGUGAACAAUCACACAACGUGACUUUCUUCAAAUGAUUGACUUGCUGUAAUCAAUAUUAGUGUUAGAAAUUGAAUUGUAUCAUCUGUUGUUAUUAUACAUUUAUUUCAUUAUGGGAACCUUUUAAUCAGCCUCACAUAUCUAUAUCAACCGUUCAUGACCAGCGUCGUCAAAAAUGUUUCUUUUGCCAUGUGCGGCCUGAGCAGCUCUAGACCAAUGUGCACAAGUUGCAGUCUGGUAAGGAGCCAUUCUGUCUGCUAUAAGGUCUUGUGGUCUUAUUGUAGGCAGGGUAGCUCCCGACCAGACUUGGCACAUGCUCAGGCUGGUCUGAAGCUACACUGACUGCCCACAUACGGCAUUAGACCCAUUUUUGCAUGGUGCGGGUCAUUAACACUAUCUGCCAUGUUGUCAUGAAUGAUUGAAGGGUCACUGUUUUCUCUGUCUCAAAUAAUUUAUCUUUUAAGUUUUUUAAUGAAAACAUUGAAAAACCAGACCAAUCACAAACUUGGCAGUGAUUUUAUUCUAUUAAUAGUAUAAUACCUAAAUAUUCCUUUAAAAAUGCACACCAUUUUAUUUUUUGUUUCCAUUUGUUAGGUAUCUUGAAUGAGUCUUCGGAAAACUGUAUAGAUCUUCUAUAAAUUACAGUUCAUGUGGUUUGUCUGAAUUGUACAGGCUUUUAUCUUUAAGUUAUGCUGCAAGUUAAUAAAAAAUAGAGUUGUGUAGCCGCCAUAAGCAAUGAAAUGUGUGUAAACUGAAUAAUGUCUGUACUAGUACGGUAACUAAAAGUUAAUGUAAUUUCUUUUACAUGUUGUGCUUUUGUUGUUUAUUACCGGUAUUGCUUAUAUUUCAUUCCUCUUUAUUUCUUGUCUUAUGCAUUUGGUAUUUAUAUUUCAUUCCUUUUUAUUUCUUGUCAUAUGCAUUUAGUAAAAAAAACACAUGAACAUAUCACAUAUUAUGUAAUGUACCGUUAGAUUGUCAGUAGUUUGCCAGACUUCAUCUGUUGCCAAAUGAUGUAAUGCAUCAGACGGAAUUUAUCAAUAUUAGUAAUAGUCAGAAAAAUGAAAACAAUAUAUAUGAGGGAAAUAUGAAAAAUGGGAAAAAUAUGGAAGAAAAUGUGAAAGUGAGAAAAAAAUAUCAGUUUAUUCUUAUGCAGAACAAAUAUGAAUGCAUUGAAAGGUUGUGUAAAUCACUUUUAGUCUGUGGCCAGUAAGUUGUAAAUUUUAGUAGUGUACAUAAUGUACUAGGUAAAGCAGAUUUUUUUUACCAGAUAUUUUUGUUUUAAUGUCUUUAUGCAUAUAUACAGUCUGCAUUUGAACAACCAUAUCUGUUCAUAAAUUGAAUAAUGAUAUGAAUAAUUAUAUUAUGGUAAAACAUCUUUUUUUAAGAAUGGUUUUUAACUUUAUUUAUUAAUGUUUCUAAUAAUUCAAAGUAAUGCAUUUAAUAAAUAGACUGCAUUGAGCUGAUACAGGUAAUUAUAAUUAUAUUGCCCCUUUUUUGUCAUAAAUCAUGCUAUUUUUCUCUGUUGAAAGAUGAGUGAUGUUUUAAUGCACAUCUCCCAGUUUGUUGAAAAAGUUAAUUAUGUUGUUAUAAACAAUCAAUAAAAAAAAUAUAUUCAA